GUCUGCACAUCGUGUGUAAUUUCAGCGCGGGCGACUCGGAUAUUGCAUCACGGUCUUCAUCAAAGCGUUACUGGGCGGUUGAAAUGAAUUGCACUAAUCACCACAAAUUCCUCUUUUUGUUCUUUUGUGUUAGUCGUCGUUCAACCUGGAUAAGUCUCCCGUUCAGAGUAGACGCAAUUCGAUAAGUCUUACCUAGAUUUACAAUUAGGUACUUAGCUUAUUCGUACUGCGAUACUAGCUUAAAGUCCACCCCUUCCAUCCUUUUUCCUUCAUUACCGGCUUUUUUUUUUCUACUCGUAAACUUGAAAUAACCGAGUUAGCUUGAGAAUAACUGUAAGAAAGCGCUUGCUGCUCUUACACUCGGCCCGCUUUUCACGGAUUUCGGGCGCUCUACAGGCCUGCCCUUUGUGAUUGACUUCUGGGUGCCUUCGUUGCGAAAUGGGGCACAAGGGCAGGGCUUCUCGCUGCCCGCCUGCAGUGCCCUGCCCGUCGCUCACGGUAGAUCCAUGGCCCGGCCCCUGCGCGGCUAGCCGUGUUGGUCUCGGGGCACUAGCGCCGCGUCUGCAAUGGCAACCGCUCCAGGCAAGGCAGCAAGUCAUUUGUAGAAAGUCCGGGAAUCGAAAGGCCGUUGCGCCUUCCCCUCGAUCCCCGAAAUUUCCAGUCGUAGAAGUGCGGCAUCUUGUGGUCGGUCAUUUCUACAAUCUUGUGCCCCAUGCUUCAACGGGGUCAGCACUAUCGAUCCCCUGCGGGCUGCGCUAUGCGCUUGCGACUCGCGAGUCGAGCUCUGCGCGCGGGCUGGGGGACGGUUCUUCGCCCCUCCUGCGGGGCUUUGUGCGCGAUCGAUAGAGCACAGGAGGCAGGCGCGCAAAAUGCUUCAAGCUGGUGACACUCCGCGGAAGAGGUGCGCAGGCGCGAGUGACUUCUCGCGCAGUUAUUAUUUGCCCGACUCGGUUAUUUUAGUUUUUCGAGUAUGUAUUUUUUUCUUGAUUUUUUGAAUCAUUUUUUUUAUAUUUAUAAAUAUAUUUGAUCCAGAUCCCUUUAAGCAAUAACAACAACAAUAACAAAUUAGCGCGUCUCUGCUGUGUAUCUAUUGGUUAUUGUAAGAACAGAAGUGAUGUCGUGCUAAGGAAAAGGCCGUCUGUGCCUUGUGGUGGCUUGCAGUGCACGUACAAGUCCGCGUCGUAAGACACUGGCAGUGUGAGAGGCAGUAGUUUUCCUGUCAUAGACAGUGCCCAAGAAGAUAAGACUGCCGCGCCGAAAUCAGAAACAAGGGAAUCAGCGAGGUGUCAACUAAGUGAGCAGGGCCGUCAGCACUGAAGCGUUUAUACUAAAAAGAACAAUGCUUCGCCGGCGCGGGUCUUCGGAUCUCGUCUUUGGGGACGAUGAUGAUGAAGACUGGAUUGGUGGCGGAGGUGGAGGUGCGCGGGAGUUGAACGAUGUUACUGCCGCAGGAGGACCAGGACCGAAUACAGGAGCACGAGCUGGAAAUAACAACGGAUACCAGCACUUCGGUGAUGCCCAUCUGCUCCGGUCCGGCAACUACGACGACAUAGAAGACGUCGAUGAAUAUCCAGGCGAUGAUGAUCAACAGACGGGCGGGAAAGCAGAGAAGUUUCCUCAGAUGCAGCAUCGCGAGGACCUCUUUCCAUUUGACGGAGAGGAAGAAUUACACUUUGACGUGGAAGACACUAGGAAACGCCGUUUUUCCGGGCACGGCGAUGCUCCCUUUUGGCAAUGGAUAGCCGUGUUGGGACUUUGCUUACUGGCUUCUGCGGUCCUGUUUUUCCUGCUAUCACUGCGAGCACACUCGCUCACGCGCGGUGCGGAAGAAAACAACGAGCAAUUGGCUAUUAUACCGGUAAAAAGAAAUAGUAUCCUAGGCAGGACAAAAACUGCCUUUGAGAUUCCACCAAGCCGGGACCUUCGGCGAAACGCGGUAGAAACCGCGCUAGAAGACGAAGAGUAUGAGUUUGUAAAGCCAAACGCGAAGCCAAAAGGCAUUCCAUUAUCCGACAAACUGAAGAAAGAAGCGAUAGCGGCAAAAGCAGAGGCAAAAGACCGACGCAGAAAAAAUUCUGAUAGCUCGUCAUCUUCGAAUAGAAUAGUUGGCCCAGGGCAAAGACCCGCGGACAAGGUUAAUGCGCUCAUGAAGAAGCGGUUAGAGAAGCUCCGUGAGUACGUUGCUGCAGGGCGGAAAAUAAAGAAGUUGGGAAAGCAACCUCGAAUCUUUGAGCAAACAGAGGAUGGCCCAAUUCUAGUGCCUGAUCCUUUAAACUCGCCGCAACCUGCGCCGAUUGAGCCCACAGAUGAAGUGGUAGAUUACGGCUGGCGUUUUGACAAUCCUGAAGAUAUAUCCCAAAGAUUCGGGAGCAAAGAAGAACACAUUAUAGACCUUUGCCAGGGCCGAAGCGGGAAGAAUGACCUUCCACAUGCGGAAGGCACGAAGCUUCAGAUGUUCGUUUUAACGGGGGACCCAAAAUACGCCGACAAAUGCUUGAGGGCGUUUGCUCAGGUACUAGAAGAUGAUUGAACUGAACACAUUUAGAUUGAAGUAAAGUUCUGCCUAAUGGUUAAGAUAUACUACUUAGCUAUAUCAAGGAAGAAAAUGUCUCAGUCUCUUCGCAAGUGUAUCUAGUGAAAUCGACGGACUUUGUCAUUAGUUCUAAUGGUAUUAAAUUUAUAUGUUUAGCUGCAAAGAGAAAGACUAAGACAACUUAACAGCGGCUAACUAGUAGAAGAACUAGCUAAGCCGUGAGUGUGACCCAUACAACUUCUUAACAUAAAUUUUGAAAAUAAUUCUAGGAAUUUUUGCGUGAUCCGGUUGAGGAGCAUUACAAUCCUGACUUGCUGGAUGCCAAAGACGACCUCGUCAGACAGGCAUGGCGUCAGAAACCCAAACGGUUACGUUGGGGAGACUUUCAGUCGAUCCAUUUCAUGUUCCCAGACGGAGAACGUGCGCCUUUACCUCGUGGGCGAGAGAUCCUUCCAAACGGAUUUGUCACAGACACGAACCAAGGCGAGCGGCGCGUUCAGGCGGGGACCACCAAUACGCAAGAAAUCCUUGAAGCAGUUGAGAGCAUGGUUAGUGUUCUGCGACAGGGCGUUGUGCAGGGCGAAAGCGGAAAGCUGCUCUUCCUUACGACGCACAUAAGUGAGGAAGUUGUAGACGGCCGAAAAGUAGACAUGCACACGCUCGUUUUCUACGCGUUGGUAGGCCAGCGAGAUAUCAUGCCCGUGAAUGAGCAGCAGACCAGAGCGAUGAAUAUGCGGAACGAGUACUUUUUGGGCUAUGACAGACUCAAAAUGUUACAAUAUGAAAAUGAAAUAAUGAAGAGAUGACCCGCCACUGAUCAAGAUUAUAUAUACAAGUAGAUGAACAAGAUCAAGAGGAAGCGUCUAUGUGAUUGGCAGUGAAAAUUAUCAAUGUGUAGUAGCAGUAGAAAGUGUAGUAUCGUCUUCUUCCAAAGGGUUCAGUGACAUGAUUUCCACACUCUGCACUCACACGUUAUAGGUAUACACCAAACCAAGGAGCAGGAGUUUGGAAGGUUCAAGUUGCGCGUGACGAUAGGGGUCACGAUAUUUGUCCAGGAAGCAUGAUCCAAAUCUUCGACACCUUGAUGGAGUUGCGGCACUCAAUUUGGCCAGAGCUGGAUAUCGUUCUCAUUCUAGAUGCCAGCUGGUCCUACGCAACGGGGCAGCAUCAAGGCUCGGUACUUUCUUAAAUAUAUAUUGAAAUCCUCAGUGACUUAAGGCAUUUCAGAUCAAGUUGCUUUCUCAUCGUCUUCAGGUCUUUUUCUGCACCACGACUAGCUUCGGCUUGGCAUUUGAGGAUUCUUGUUUAAGUACGUGUACUCACGUUUCACUCUCUUUCUUUUUCUCCUCUCCUCCUUCCCCCUCCUCCUCCUCCACCUCCUGUCUAGGUUUCACACAUUAAAAUUUCAGAACCUGGAGGCUGCGGAUAAACAGGAGUGGCUGAAGCAUUCGGCACACAUGCGAGAUGGUCAACUUGCCCUCGCGAAGCUCAAUGAACAAGUAACAAGAAAUUCAGUAGAAGGUCUUAAAAUCAGAGCUCGAAUUCUUGAAGGUGUGAAGACUCCGGGCAGAAACUGCUACCUCGCGCCCUACCUCACCCCUGGGGGAAGAUAUAGACGUAUUUUUAAAUUCCUAUGAAUCGACGAUCUUCGUCUUUAAUUACUUACUCAUUAGAUUUUCCGGAUGUUGAAUUAGAAUCGUUUUCGAGACCGAGUAUUUAGCUUAACGAAAUUUUCAAUGGGCAACAGGUUGCUUGCGCAGACAGCAAUGUUUUUUAUGUAGAUUACUAAGUCCUCGAAUAUGCAACCUUUGUUAUUUGCAAAUGUUAAAGUGAUGCUACUCUUAAGGAGAACAAAAACUCUCCCAUCCCAUUUCUUUGCACAGGUCUUACACGGCUCGCGGCUGUCACAAAUCAGUGGAUCCAGGAGUAUGAUGGCCAUAUGUAUCCCCAGAUGAGACAGCUAGGCAGCUUCCCAGGGAUUAAUUAUUACAUCACCGAUCUUGGUCCGACCGAGAGGCUAAAUUUCGCGUACGAAAAACCGCGCUGGGGGAAUCACAGGUACCGCCGCGAGGAGCCAGCCUCAACAUUAGGAGGCAGAAGGGGCAACUCUGCGCACAUUCCGCCACCAGGCUCAAAUAUGGAUCCUGGCCCGGCUAUGCGAAACCAAGGGCAAUAUUAUCAUCCUGGAGGAGAGUUUGACGAUGACGAGGAAUAUUACAACAACGAGGAUAACAAUAAUAUUAACGGUAAUUUCCCAGCUGGAGAAGUACCUCCCAACGGAUUCAAUAGCGACAACGGAGGGUACAACGAUGCUGGCUACUACAACGAUGUCAAUAAAGGCUAUCCCGAGCAGCCAUGACUUGAAACUUGGCGAUUAGAGAAAGCGACAUUCAAAGCUACUUAGCUUUUAAUGUUGUUUAUUUCUGAAUGCUAAAAACGGAACGUGAUACUUGUACUGUUCUUGAGUUGCUGCGUGACUGUGAAUUAAGGGGCCGGCGGUGAAAAGACCCCGUUCAAAGCUUGCCACUUUUGUAGAAGUUGUUGAUGACUCAACUACGUUCUUUGUUGACUUCGUUGCUGUUAACGUCAGGUCUGAGGCUGAGCUACGUUAGUGAUGUUGUAUUUGGUUGUCUCUUGUUUGGCUGCGCUCGCGUUGGCGCCUUUGUUUCUGACGUCCUUCGUAGUCAGUGCGCGCGCAGUGCGAGGAGAAGGCGCUUUGCUCGGCAGUUUUUAACUAUUCAAGUUGGUUGAAAUAGAGCGAGUGCCACACCCGUCACGAGAGCGCGUCGCGUAAUAUAUGAGUGCUAAAUCUGUUUCUCCUUCCCCGCCUCGUGUUUGAAAUGGUAUGGUUAAGAAGAAAAAAAUUGUUUUAUAUCUCAACACCGUAGCCCUAGAUAGAUAGAAUUGAUUAAGAUUGUUCAAUUAGAUUAAUCCUUAGCCUUCGGAUAAUUUCCUUUAUGAAGUACAGUGCAAGAAAGAAAGCUGUUAGCCCGCGGCUGCUCCCACCAGAAGACACGGCCGCAGUGACGACGUAGUUGAGGAGGGGCUUCGCUAAAAUGCGAAGUUGGGUUCGUUCCUCACUCUUUGAAAAAAGUCGAAGGGCGGCGUUCUUCGUAUCGUAACCAUCUUUCACACACCGUCACCCCCUCCAGCUCAGCCCCAAACCCUUUUACCUGCCUUCCUUGAGAUGUGUACAGCGCUUGCGUUCUAUGAAUUCUCCCUUGAUGAAUCAAGCAACAAGAGCUGGAACAACAA